UGGAAAAUAUUUAUGUAAUUUAUGUUUCAAAUUAUUAAUUAUAUAUUUAUAAAUAUAUUUCAUUUUAAUCUAGAAGAAACAUUAAAUGUUUUAGAUAUUAUUACUUACAAAACUUCACUAAACAAACUUAAUUAUUUCACAUAAAAAAUUAAAUAAAUUAAAAUGUCAUCUCUCAGUUUUGUUACAUAUGAUGAACUUAUAGGAAUUUUUUAAUUAGAUAACUAUCAAUAAAAGUUUUAGAAAGAUUAUGCUAAAGAGUGGCAAGAAUAAGAAAUAGUAAAAUUUAAAAGAUUCAUGAGAAGAAAUAAGAAAAUUAAAAAAGACAAAAUAUUCUUUCAAUAUCAAUCUCAAUUCAUUCAAACAAAAAGUUAUAUACAGUGUCGAAAAUUUUUGAGAGAUUAUAUCAGAAAAGUGCUUGACAAACAUAGAUAUGAAGUANUAAAGAUCCUACUUUAGCAACAUUUUUAGUUGAAGGACUUUUAAGAUAUUGGCCAUUUGCUAAUUCAGCUAAAGAAGUUAUGUUUCUUAAUGAACUUUUAGAAGUUUUGGAAGUUUGUGAAAUUUCUAAAUUAGAACCUUUAAUUCCUAAAUUAUUUAAAAGAUUGAUU